AGCGUAUAAAUCCCAGCCCCUUUUCCCUAGUCUGUCCAAACAGCAACAUGCAGACAGCCCGAAGUGGAUUUUAGUCGAAGGGAAUACAUUAAGAAGAAAACUGCAAGUCGAUCCGUAACCACUGUGAAACGCCCAACAGCUGCCACAGAAAAAGUUCUGACACACAACAAAAUGGCUGGACUCAAGUACAUGAGUGGUUUCGGGAACGAGCUCUCAUCUGAAGACCCUCGCUGUCCUGGAUCCUUACCCGAGGGACAGAAUAAUCCCCAGGUCUGCCCAUAUGGCCUUUAUGCUGAGCAGCUCUCCGGCUCUGCCUUCACCUGCCCACGUCCAGCCAAUAAGAGGAGCUGGUUGUACCGCAUCCUUCCAUCUGUUAAACACAAGCCAUUCACCUCGGUUCCCUGUGGGGAUCUAACAGAGAACUGGAACGAAGUGGAGCCUGAUCCUAACCAGCUUCGAUGGCUGCCAUUCACCAUCCCCAAAACUACAGAGAAGAAAGUGGACUUUGUGGCUGGUUUGCAUACUGUCUGUGGUGCUGGAGAUGCCAAAUCUCGUAAUGGCAUUGGAGUCCACGUGUACACCUGUAACACCUCCAUGGUCGACAGGUGCUUCAACAACUCAGACGGAGACUUUCUGAUUGUCCCUCAGCAGGGAGAGAUCUUGAUCACCACAGAGUUUGGGAAGAUGAUGGUCGAGCCGAACGAGAUCUGUGUCAUCCAGCAAGGGAUGCGCUUCAGUGUGGAUGUGUUUGGGGAAACCAGAGGCUACAUACUUGAGGUGUAUGGUGCCCAUUUUGAACUGCCUGACCUUGGCCCAAUAGGAGCCAAUGGUCUGGCUAACCCGAGAGACUUCCUGUGUCCGGUUGCAUGGUAUGAAGAUCGCAAAGUGCCCACUGGUUACACCGUCAUCAAUAAAUACCAGGGGAAGCUGUUUGCGUGCCAACAGGAUUUCUCACCAUUCAAUGUGGUCGCCUGGCACGGUAACUACACGCCUUACAAAUACAACCUGAAGAACUUCAUGGUUAUCAACUGUGUGGCCUUCGACCAUGCGGAUCCAUCGAUCUUUACUGUGCUGACUGCCAAAUCCACUAGACCAGGGGUUGCCAUCGCUGACUUUGUCAUCUUCCCCCCACGGUGGGGUGUGUCUGACCACACCUUCCGCCCACCAUACUAUCACCGUAACUGCAUGAGUGAAUUCAUGGGUCUGAUCAAAGGCCACUAUGAGGCCAAAGAGGAGGGUUUCCAGCCAGGAGGGGCCAGUCUCCACAGCAUAAUGACCCCACAUGGCCCGGACGUGGACUGCUUUGAGAAGAACAGCACUGCUGAACUCAAACCUGAGAGGGUGGCUGAGGGAACCAUGGCUUUUAUGUUCGAGUCGUCCUUCAGCAUGGCGGUGACAAAGUGGGGUCUUCAUACAUGCCAGAAGCUUGACAAGAACUACUACCAAUGUUGGGAACCUCUACGCAGCCACUUUAACCCCAACUGGAAGCCCGGCAAACAGUAGAAACCCAGCGAUUCAGAAUGCAUUAAGAGCAAACAAAUCAAAAUAAAUAUGUCAAAAUAAAAAUUUCACUUUAUAAAUGUAACCUAGCAAUCCAACGAUUUAUUUGUGUUCCCCGAGUAGAUCUGUUGACAGAAUAAAC